GGGCAAAAACACAGCUGGUCUAUGAUCCUCGAAGCGAGCUGACGGUCGACCGACUAUCAAUGUGAUUUCCGCGAAUUUCUACCGAUCUGUCCGGAGUUGGCCGGAGCUGGCCGGAGCCUGGCCAACGUACACGUUCCGGGGAGCCUAGAAAAAUUCGUCGAUCGCGAUUAUCGCGUGGUGAACAGUGCGGAUGUGCGAUGUAGCCUGGAGAGGAACGCGGGUCAGCACGAGGAUUUUUCGCUUUGGCCCUGGAUAAACAAAAGAGUGCCCCGUCUCGACGCAUUCCUUCCCCGACAAAAAAUGUCAAACUCGUAAUAUUCGACUCGUAAAGGACGCUAAAGAAGAAGAGGUAGAUGACAAAAAAAUGGCGUCUACCAGCGGGCACAAGAGAAACGGCUCCAGCUCGAGCAUGUUUGCGCACAAACGCACCGAAUCGGGGGGUGGUUUCGUCGGUUACAAGCGAACCGAGGGUGGUCACAAACGUGCCGAGAGUAUAUCCAGUGCCUUUGGCCACAAACGAUCCGAGAGUGGCCAUAAGAGGAACGAGAGCAGUAGCGGUGUUUUCGGUCACAGGAGGUCCGAAUCCGGCAGCAAUUAUCAUGCCGGUCAUCGACGAAAUGAAAGUAUGUACGCGAUGACCGGUCUCUACGCUGAAAGCACCGGCACUGGUACCGACGAUACUGCGGAUCCGCUGCAGGCGACCAACGGCAGACUAACCCACGACACCGUCAUAAGGUGUCACAGUAGAAAUCCAAGUUCCGGCCUUGUGGAUCAUAGAGAUUUUAUCAUCAAAUGUCACAGCAGGAAUCCAAGUGCUUCUAUGGUGGACAGAACGGAGAAGGAGAGACCUCAAACUCCGCCGUUUAAUCCGGAUUCCAAGGACUGUGGGAUUCUAAGUUGUAGGCCGGCCUUCAUUCAGAGAUUUGCCGGAAUAAAGGUGUUCGUAUUUCUCCUGUCGUUCCUUGUUACGUUGCAACAAGCGCUUAGCUCAGGUUACAUCAAUUCUGUGAUAACAACCAUAGAGAAGAGAUUUGAGAUCCCGUCCAGCCUUUCGGGCGUCAUUGCAAGCUCUUAUGAAAUCGGCAAUGUUAUCACUGUCAUUUUUGUCAGUUAUCUCGGCAGUCGCAGACACAUACCUGUAUGGAUAGCGAUCGGUGCAGUAAUAAUGGGACUGGGAUCGAUGAUCUUUAUGGUGCCACAUUUCACAGCAGAACCAAACUUGACGACUACCGCAAACCACUCCAAUUCAGAUAAUAUCUGUCGCGGUGUUUCAUUACGUGAACAAGAUAUGGGUUUGGGUCGACUUUCAUCAGGGUUAUCUUCACCUCCCUUAGCACCACACAAUAACAUAAGAGGUGAUAAUUGUAUACAGGGAUCUCCGUCUACAGCCGGACCUGUUAUGCUAUUUGUACUUGCUCAGUUACUAUUAGGAUGUGGAGGUUCUCCUUUAUUUACUCUUGGUACUACUUAUAUAGAUGAUCAUGUGAGACCAGAAAGUGCAUCUUUAUAUAUCGGUUGUAUGUAUAGUAUGGCGGCCUUUGGACCGGUAUUAGGUUUUCUUCUUGGAGCUUAUCUUUUGUCUUUCCAUAUGGACUCGUUUUCUGGAACAAUUAUAAGUAUCGAUCCUGGAGACCAUAGAUGGGUUGGUAUGUGGUGGGGUGGAUUCCUACUUUGCGGAUUACUUCUCAUUUUAGUAGCGAUACCUUUCUUCAGUUUUCCCAAAACUCUCCAACGCGAGAAGGAAAAGAUACGAAUUAUAGAAAAAAAUAAAGCAUUAUCGCAAAAAGAAAAAGAGCAGUCAAAAGAACCUAAAAAGGAACCAGUAAAUGAUAGCGGUUACGGCAAGGAUGUUAAAGAUAUUCCACGAAGUAUGUGGAGGCUUGUUUGCAACCCAGUCUAUGUUGUAACAUGUUUGGGAGCAUGUAUGGAAUUGGUGAUUGUAUCUGGCUUUGUAGUAUUCUUACCCAAGUAUCUCGAAACUCAAUUCAGCUUGGGGAAGAGUCAAGCCAGCAUCUUUACGGGUUCGGUCGCUAUACCAGGCGCCUGUAUUGGAAUUUUUUUUGGCGGAUGUAUGCUCAAACGUUUAGAAUUAAGACCGAAGGGCGCAGUGCAAUUUGUUCUCGUCUCAAAUGUAAUUUGCCUGGUGUGUUACGGUCUGCUAUUUUUCCUUGGCUGCGAGAACGUAAAAAUGGCUGGGACCACUAUUCCGUACUUUAACAGUAGUACAAAGGGCCCUGAACCCUUUCAAGUAAAUCUUACUGCCGCAUGCAACUUUGGUUGUGAAUGCCGUAUGACGGAUGUCGAGCCGGUUUGCGGAAACAACGGUCUGACAUAUUUUAGUCCAUGUCACGCAGGUUGCACUGCCUUUAGUUCCAAGUCCAAUUUUACAAAUUGCGCAUGCAUACAUGGCAAUCUAACUAUGUUACCGCCAGCUGCUCCAGAAUUUGCAGAAGUAACCGUUGUGCCCGUAGCAACCGCUGGUCCUUGUAUUUCACCAUGUAGAACUAUAUUUCCAUUUUUGAUUCUUCUAUUCUUUAUGACAUUUAUUGUUGCCGUAACUCAAAUGCCUUUGCUCAUGAUAGUAUUACGGUCCGUUUCUGAAGAAGAAAGAUCUUUCGCUUUGGGUAUGCAGUUUGUAAUCUUUCGGUUAUUUGGCUAUAUACCGGCACCGAUACUAUUCGGCAAUUUAAUUGAUUCUACAUGCUUGUUGUGGAAGAGCACCUGUGGGGAAAAGGGAGGUCGAUGCUUACUUUACGAUAUCGAACAAUUUAGAUACAGAUAUGUCGGCCUAUGUGCUGGGAUAAAAAUUUUAGCUUUAGCGCUAUUUUUGAUCGAUUGGUGGCUCGUAAGAAGAAGAAGACAAAUGGAAGAUCAACCACCAUCUUUCACUGUCAAUGAAUUUGUAGGCUCAAUCAUCAGUCUAGAUAAACUAUUUGAAGAGAAACCACACCAGAAUAUAGGGGAUGGUGAUGCGACUUUACCGAGUUCUGAGAUUGCAACACCAUCCUCUAUCUCGUCGCCCACAGAACCUACAAAAUCAACGAAUCUCGAAGAAACAGGGUCGUCGAAUCAAACACAAGGUUCAACCGAGACGACAAAUCGCUCAAAAAAUAUGGAAAUUGAAAUUCCCGAUACGAGGCAAGCACCACUUGCUGCACAAGAGCAAGAUGUUGAAAUUAAACCUUCAAGUGGUAUAACCGAAAAUCGCAAUUGCGAUGUUUAA